AUGAGGGGUAGAGCGCCGCUCCCGCUCAUAGCGUGGGGCCUUGUGUGGCCGUCGCAUACCGUCCAGCUUCUUCGAUGUGUCUGGUGCCUACUGGUGUUUUGGGUGGAGCGCGGUGUGUUUUACAGGGCUACGAGUGCGUGCGACGUACCCGAGCACGGCGCGUCGUUCCGGGUCCUGAUCAUUAGUGACCCGCAAGUCGUCAGCUUGCACACCUACAAGUCAUUCUCGCAUGCUAUGACAGCUCUCGUCAGCCAUGUAUCAGACCAAUACAUACGCAAGAGCUGGCUUGCCGUUACGCGACAGGGCCUCGGUGCAUCCUUGUGGCGUGGCCCGCGGCCUGCGGACCUGGUCAUAUUUUUGGGCGACAUGACGGAUCGUGGGCGCUGGUUCCUCAGUUUCGAUCGAUGGCUGGCACUGCAAACUCGCUGGAAGGCCUUGUUCCAAGGCAUGCAGCUGCUGCGGCAUGCCUCCUCUCUCCCGCUACGCCCACGAUUAGCUCAUGACACAUGGCCCGCCCUCGUGAUCCCGGGCAAUCAUGAUACUGGCCUACCGCACUUCCAGACAGGUGAACCUGGGCCAGGCACGGCUCGUGCCAAAUCUUGGUUCGAGCAAGAACACGCUCCCUUCGUCAAUGAGCAGUACGUGUUGAGCGAGAGUGGCCAGACAUCGUGGAAUGCGCGUAUUCCGAUUGCUGUGGCGGGGCAGGCCACGACGCACGAGCUCAUUUUGUUGGAUGCAUUGGAUCUCGUAAGCAUGGAGCCGGUCGGACAUGAUGUGCCGUGGGAGCUGGCCAAGAGCAACGCGGCACGCACGACGCGCCUCGUGGAUAUGCUCCGGCAAAAUCAGACUGUGCCACGCGUUCUCUUUUCACACGUGCCCUUGGAACGCAAGGAAGCAGAGCACGCUUGUGAUAUUCCCUGGCGCUCUGCCAUACACGGUGUGCACCGCGAGUCGUCCCGCGCUUCUGCACGAGGUGGCGACAUCUUGCAGGGCGGUGAUGCGGCUCGGACGUACCAAAAUCUCGUGCGCAAGAAUGUGUCGCACUACGUCUUGGAUUCGAUCCAGCCCGCUCUGAUUUUUUCCGGCGACGACCAUGAUCAUUGCGAGGCUAUUCACAAGGGCAUCCGCACGACGCCUCGUGGCCAUGUAGCUGGCUUUGAUUCGGCGGAUGCACCCGAGCUCACUGUCAAGUCGAUAUCCAUGCUCGAAGGCGUGCGUCAUCCCGGGUAUGCAUGGCUCCAGCUGCAUGCUGAGGCGCCCAUGGAAUACACUCCCUGCCUAUUACCCGACCAGGUGGGACUCUGGCUAUUUGUCUACCUGCCCUGCUUUAUCGCCUCAGUCAUGUAUCUGACAUGGCGGCGUCUCUCUCUUCGCUCGAGCGCCUAUCUCCCCAUCCAUAAUGACACGACCCACGCACCAAGCAAGACGGCGAUGCUCAGGCGCAUUCUUCGUGACAUCGGCCACACGACCCUUAUCCCCCUGCUACUAUGGCUCUGUCUGCAACGCUGA